GCACACGCAACUCGACGAGAAUCCAGACUUUGUCUCGCCCCAAUUAGCUGUUCUCCCACCUCGCAUCCGUCUUGUUUUUUUUUUUGGUGUGUUUCCUGACUGUCCUCGAAACACGCUCGCUCUCUCGCGCGCGCUCUCUCUCUCUAAUGCUGCCCCCUCCCACAGCUGACCGACCGUUCUGUUUUCCCUCUGGCCUUGUACCUGGCCCUGUCGCCGAGCGCCCAAGGGCCGAUCCCACCGCCACCAACAACCCACCACCUACCACCCUCUUCUUUGCCCAGUUUCAGAAGACAGAAGACCCGUGACCGCAUUCGCAUGGACCCGGAACAUCAGAGAAAACCUGUCAGACUGCUCACGACGUUUCGGAUUGCCGCUGCGUCUAGGCACCCAGUCGCCAAUCUGAGAUCUCGGCGAUCCCGCAAUCAUCUUUCGUAACUGUUCCGUACUGUCUUCUCUCGUCGUCUUCUUACGAAUUGCAUUGAGCUUUCAACACCAACAAACUUCGACGACGUUACUCGCAAUUGGAUAUUUCGUUCUACAGGCAACAGCGAACGAAGACAACUUCUACAUACCGCCCCCUCACAUUAUCACCCGGGUCUUGAUUCCGCUCGGCGACCUCCAGCGAAAGGCAAGAGCCCUUCCACAUGUCGCCCAGCGGGCAUUCGAUAUCG